GUACUGAAUACGAGUUGUAUAUUUUGCAGAUGUGAAAAGGUGAAGAACAAAUUAAACAAAAUGGAGCGAAAUCAUAAAAACAGUUUAAAGAAAUCUAGACAACAAAUUGUAGAUGAUCUUGAUGUGAAUGAUGUGUUUGAUGUUCUACUGCAGAAUGAUAUCUUCAGUGAUGAUAUUGUUGAGAGGAUAAAAGCUGAAACUACUAGGAAGGACAAAGCCCGACGUUUAUUAGAUAUUUUACCGUCGAGAGGACCCCAGGCCUACCCUGUCUUUUUGGAAGCAUUGAGAGAAAACUACCGUUGGUUAGUCGAUACUUUGGAGAACGGAGACAGGGAUGCACGGAAUAAUACACAGGAGAUUAACAAUCAGAUAACAGAGGUUCUAAUGCGAGGCGGAGUUCCCCACCAUCCUCAUCUCAUAAACAGGACAAAAGAGACCACAGCAGUAAAACAAGGGUUAAUGGAGUUGGGUUGCGGAAGAUUCCUGGUACUCCAUGGUAUGCCUGGAAGUGGUAAAUCUGUCCUGGCAGCUGAAUCUGUCCGGGAUCCUGCUAUAGCAGUUCAACAUUUUCCUGGAGGGAUUUUCUGGGUCAAGAUUGGUACAGUACAACCGGAACAGCUGUUGGGGCGGAUAAGAGCAUUGUGUACAAAGCUAGAUGCCGCAAUCCUUCCAAACAAUAUAGAAGAGGGUCAGGAGACACUUAGGAAAUUAUUCUUAUCCUCUGAAUACUCUGACAGCCUCCUGAUACUGGAUGAUGUCUGGAAAGCUGAGGUUGUUAAAACCUUUAACCUCCCUGUUAGGAUCCUCAUUACCACACAGGAUGUCUCCAUUAUGAACGUUGUACCUGGGCUCUUCUCAAUAAUUGAAUUACAACCGGGGUUUACUGAACAACAAUCCCUGCAGCUAUUCUCAACAUAUCUUAAGAUCCCCGUCAAUUUCCUUCCUCCAGAGGCUAAAGAAAUUCACAAUGAGUCUAAGGGGUCCCCUAUGGUGAUUUCGAUGGUUGCAAGUCUUUUAUCAGAGACAGGUAGACAAGCGCAGACCCAGCGACAAUCAGGCCGGUGGACUUACUACCUUCACAACCUCAGAAAUCGCAGAUAUAGUAAGAUUACGAAGCAAAGAUCCUAUGAGCAUGAAAGUGUGAUGGGUGCUGUAGCAAUGUCAAUAGAUGUACUUCCCCCACAACAAAGGUCAAUGUACGAGAAGCUAGCUGUAUUCCUUGAUGACGAUCCAAUUCAUUCUGCUGCCCUUGAAGUUCUCUGGGGGGUUGAACGCUACGAGGUUGAAGACACAAUGAAUAAAUUUAUCCAGAAAUCCCUAGCAAUGUGUGAAUAUGAUGCUGUGCAUGAAUGUUUUCUAUAUUCUCUUCAUGAUCUACAAUUAGAUUAUCUCAAGAAUAGGCUUUCUAAGGAGGAGGAGACGGAGAUGCACAGGAUGUUCGUGGACAAGUACCUGGACAUGGUCCAGGGGAAGUUUGGUGAUCUUCCCCAUGAUAAUUAUAUUCUUACACAUCUUGGAUACCAUCUUUAUAAGGCUGAGAUGUUUGAUUUGUUUAGCCAGGUUUAUCUAAACCUCAGAUAUGUCGAGAAGGUUUUAAAGAAUUGUGGAACUGCGUCAAUUCUCUACGAUUACAGGAAAUACCAUGACCAGAUCUCUUGUGAGAGUAGCGGAGGACAGUUUGAGGAGGAUCUUCUUGAUUUCGAGGAUUUUUGCAGGACUGCUGGAGUUAUAGUGAGUACAGGACCAUGUACUGAUAUUGUACAACUUGGCUUGAGUGAGAGUACAGCGUCAGCAGUAUACACGGCAGCUAAGAUACUAGCGGAUACAGAGCAUGAAUACCUGUACCUAGAAUGGAAGAAUAGAUCGAGUUUGCAUUCACAAAAUAUUGCAACAAUUCUUCAUCCAGGAAAGCCUUCGGAUAUCAAAUUUUUUCCGGACGCAAGAGUUGUAACCUCGACAGAGGAAGGAGUAAUUAAGGUUUGGGAUCUAACUACUGGAGAUGUAACUCAACGUCUCCAUGGGCACUAUUCACCAAUUUCAUGUGUUAGUGUUGAGCCUGGAGAAGGUUCAGGAACCCAUGAGAUAAACCUAUGUACUGGAGGAGAGGAUGGAUGUAUAAAGACAUGGAGAUCUAGUCCUCUAGCUCCGGAUGAUAAUGUAGACAAUGCUGCACUAUCUGUCAGGCGUAAAAGUGUGAGAAAGCAUUCUCCUAAGCUGUCAGGACUAGAAGUAUUAAAUGAAAUAUUCACAAGCAAAAACCAGGUCGAUGAAUCUGUGUCUACUAUAAAAAAUUUGUCUAGAUACAGAAUCUUCUGA